UCAAAGGUUUGUCAGCUAAAAUGGUGAACACAUUUCGUGGUCGACUCCUUAAUAUAAGAGAUCGUUUAAAACAAAAUACAUGUGUAAAUUUAGUCUGGCUUAUUAACUUUUUGCCAAAUCUUGCUGGUUUUCCUUUAUUGAGUCAAAAGUUUAAAUUUUUCUUUUGGAUAGUCCACACAAUCCUUUUGUUCUACGUAUGUCUCCUGGGUACAGCAAUGUACCAGACAUACUUUGCUGAGGACUUUGUGGACUCAAUCAACAGCUUUUUCAAUAUUUCCGUAUUUAUCCUUAUUGGCAAUGACAGCUGGUGGUUGAUCAGUAAAAGAAACGAUUUAAAUGAUCUUUUAAAAAUGGUGAAGAAAAACGAUGACCUCAUCAUUGAGUCUGGCAGGUUUCAAGAAAUACACCAGAAGCUGAUGAAGAGCAUCAAAAUCAUUGUGAUCAUGUGUUACAUGUUCCAUUUUGUAAACGAUGUCAUGAUUUUUAUACCUAGUAGGACGAUUGGAAUGGACGAUUUUUCUACGGUCUCUUGUGUUGGUAUGGAACCGCUGAGCAGCAGACCAAAUCGCCAAGCUUGCAUGGUAGUGUUAGCGCUUCAAGAACUGACGGCUAUCGUUGCAGUUUGCAGUUAUGACGUGGCUCUACUGUUUCUGUUCUCUCACACAACUGUUGUAUUUCAAAUCCUUUACCAAGAUAUGACAGAAUUUGCCAAUAUUUCAAAAUCUCAUAAAACAUAUUACGUUGUAGAAGAUCGUCUAAAGAACAUUGUAUAUCGUCAUGUCUUAGCUUUGCAUACAGUCAGAAAAUUAGAAGACAUAUACAGUGUAGCUAUAGGCAUUGGCUUCGGUUUGGACGCCAUUUCUAUGUGUUUAUUCUUCGUGUUGCCUUUAGAUGUCUGUCUCAACUUCGCUCCGCUGAUUUACCACAGUCUUUUCAUAUUUUUCUUGUAUUGUUUUCAAGGACAGAGACUUACAACAGCAUCGGAAAAGUUUGAAAUGGCAGUGUACUGUUGCGGUUGGGAGAAUUUGCGUGUGAAAGAGCGGAGACAAGUGCUUUUGAUGUUGAAACAAGCUCAGAAACCGGUCAUAGUGUACGCUGCCCGAGUGAUUCCGAUACGUAUCCACACUUUCGCGAGCACUAUGCAGUCUAUUUACAAGUUUGUCACUAUAUUUAAAGUUUAG